AUGGCGGGUUCAAUGCAUAUGUCGCGACUGCGAAACUGGUUCCUCGCCUCUCCGCCUGUUGAGUUCGCCAUCACGAACCUGAAGGAGCUGCUGAUCGGUGCGCUCCAGCAGGGCCCUAUUCCUCAGCAUGUGGCCUUCGUUAUGGACGGGAACAGAAGAUUUGCCCGCUCGCAUGGAAUUGAAACAGUGGAGGGACAUAACCUGGGAUUUGAGGCUCUGGCGAGGAUCCUCGAAGUCUGCUACAAGAGUGGCGUGAAGGUAGUCACGAUUUACGCCUUUAGUAUCGAGAACUUUAAACGGUCAAAAUUCGAAGUGGAUGCGCUCAUGGAAAUGGCCAAGGUCAAGCUGUCGCAGAUGGCUCAGCAUGGCGACCUGCUGGAUCGAUACGGCGCCAAGGUCCGCGUCCUGGGCCGCCUCGAUCUGCUGAAGCCCGAUGUCCUGGCUGCUGUCAACAGAGCCGUCGACCUGACCAGCCGCAACGGAGACCGCGUCCUGAACAUCUGCUUCCCUUAUACCUCCCGCGAUGAAAUCACCACCGCCAUCCGCGACACAGUCGAAGAUUAUAGCAAGCCGAUCCAAAACACCCGCUCCGCAGGUGCGGCAUCCCGCACCCCCUUCUCGGAAUCCCAUAUUGCAUAUAAUAUUCGCGCGCAGACGCUCGGCUCGAAAACCCAUGAUACAACCAGCGACUCGGAAUCCACAUCUGGGUCGUCGGCACAGGACGACGAUUUACCCACUCGGAACGACCGCGCCAACCAUGUCUACGAGUCCGGCUCUUCCUUCUCAUCUUCCACCACCCUCCACCACGGAGGCCAACAAGAGCCUCACAAGGGCUCACCACAAACUGCCCCGACAGAAUCAGACAGCCCUGUCUAUAUCUCACCCGAAACAAUCUCUCGUCAGACCCUCAACGACCGCAUGUUGACCAAGGGCACCCCACCCCUGGACAUCCUAAUCCGCACGUCAGGCGUGGAACGUCUAAGCGACUUCAUGCUCUGGCAAACACACGAAAAUACCGAAAUCGUCUUCCUUGACGUAAUGUGGCCUGAGUUCGACCUGUGGCACUUUCUCCCUGUGAUGCUUGGGUGGCAACGACGGAUCUCCAAGUCCCGGCAAGACCCUGAUGCGGAGGGUAACUUUGCUGGUGAUAGUCCGGAGUCUAGCGAGGAAGAUCUUGACACGAUGCUGUUGCGUCAGAGUGGCAAGGUUAAAAGCAUCUAG